ACAUUAAACGCAUAACUUAAAACUGGUCUUCACCAGCAUGGCACAAGCCCAUGGUGAAUUGAAAGCCUGUUUUACACUUCAACUGACUAUCUUUCCCAUUGUCCUCAAGGUGUCUGGGAACAUGGGGGUCUUGGUGGAAGAAAGAAAGUAGUCACAUUAUCUGUUCCUAGUUAUUAUCCAGUAUCCCUACUGGAAACACAGGGUGUGUGACUAUCAAUUGAGGAAAAAGGAUUUGCACCAGAACAUCGGUCCCUAUCCCAUACCAACACACAAACACACACACACACUCACACACACACACACCGGACUGGCACUCACGUCUAACAGUCUCUAACUGAGACAUCAGCCCCUUCAGAAAUAGGGAAGAGGGUUUUGCAGAAACUUAUUAUUCCUUUCUGUAUUUUACAGAAGAUUCCACUGUGUAGAAAAGAAAACAGAAAUGUUCAACACCACAGAUAGAUCCUAAACAUCACCCAAGGAACAAUUGUUGAAACACAUUCACAGCAUUUAUGUUCACAGCUUUGCUGAAUACAAAGAAGGUUGGACAGUGAAACCAUCAUCUGGAAAUUGGUUGGGUCAGCGGAGCUUUGACCUAUCAUCAGAUCUGAAACCAGUCAAUGGUGCGGAGUCUUCCAUCAGAACCAGUCUUUCUGAGGGUUCAUCUGUGGGUGAUUGGUCAAGGUGAAGCUGGGAAGAAGUGUAAGUGUCUCAGAGUGUGGUGAGAGUUUCAUUUAUCCAUUGAACCGCACAGACCACUGACUCAUUCCUCAACAGGUGAAAGGCUGCUUGCAUGUGAGCUGAGAGACAGGGGCUGUAUAUGGUUGUUGCAUAACUGUUCACACCGGGACUGCCACAUGGAAGGGAAACCAUUCAAGUGUGAAGUUUGUGAUAAAGCUUUUGUGGCCUCUUCGACCCUCCUGAGACACCAGAGGAUUCACACAGGAGAGAAACCCUUCAGGUGUAAGGUUUGUAGCAAAGCAUUUAUCCAAUCCUCGGAUCUCCUGAAGCAUGAGAGGAUACACACAGGAGAGAAACCAUUUACAUGUGAGGUGUGUGACAAAUCAUUCUCAGACUCAUCGGCCCUCCGCAAACACCAACGUAUUCACACUGGAGAGAAACCAUUUACGUGUGAGGUGUGUGAUAAAUCAUUCUCAGACUUAUCGACCUUCCGCAGACACCAACACAUUCAUGUAGGGGAGAAACUGUUCACGUGUGAGGUGUGUGAUAAAUCAUUCUCAGACUUAUUGGUCCUCCACAAACACCCAUGCAGUCACACAGAGGAGAAACUAUUCAUGUGUGAGGUGUGUGACAAAUUAUUCUCAGACUUAGCAAGUCUGUGUGUACACCAAUGCAUGCACACAGGCAAGAAACCCUUUGUGUGCAAACUAUGUGACAAAUCAUUCUCUGAUGAAGCAGGCAUCUGUAAACACCAAAGACUUCACACCCAGAAGAAACCAUUUACAUGUGAGGUGUGUGACAAAUCAUUCUCACAGUUAACAAACCUCCGUGCACACCGACACAUUCACACCGGGGAGAAACCAUUUACAUGUGAGGUGUGUCACAAAUCAUUUUCGCAGUCAUCAACCCUCCGUGUCCACCGACACAUUCACACUGGGGAGAAACCCUUCAUAUGCGAGAUAUGUGGCAAAUCAUUCUCGCAGUUAACAAACCUCCAAACACACCAACGUGUUCACACCGGAGAGAAACCAUUUAAAUGCGAAGUGUGUGACAAAUCAUUCUCACAGUCAUCAAUCCUCCACGCACAUCGACACAUCCACACUGGAGAGAAACCAUUCACAUGCAAAGUGUGUGAUAAAGCAUUCUCACAUUUAACAAACCUCCGUGCCCAUGAGCGCAUUCACACUGGAGAAAAGCCAUUCAAAUGCAAGAUGUGUGACAAAUCAUUCUCACAUUUGACGAACUUACACACACAUCAGCGAAUUCACACUGGUGAGAAACCAUUCAUGUGCAAGGUGUGUGACAAAUCAUUCUCACAAUCAUCAAUGCUCCGCAUACAUCAACUUAUUCACACCGGGGAGAAACCAUUCACGUGUGAGGUAUGUGACAAAUCAUUUUCACAUUUAACAAACUUCCGCACACACCAUCGCAUUCACACUGGAGAGAAACCAUUUACGUGCGAAGUGUGUGACAAAUCAUUCUCACAAUCAUCAAUCCUCCAUGUACAUCGACACAUUCACACACAGCAAAAACCAUUCACGUGUGAUGUGUGUGGCAAAUCAUUCUCAAGAUCAUCCUACCGCCUACUGCAUCAGAGAAUCCACACAUUAAUGUAAAUCUUUCAAUGUCAGGUUUGUGAUAAAGCUUUAGUAAUGGCUUCAAUGUUCCAGACACGCCAAAGGUUACCACAGGACACAAACUAUUCAAUAUGAAAUAUGGAUCUUGCACAUUAAAUUGAUUUUCUUGUCCAUGAAUUCACACAUAGACAGGAGAAAUUCUUUUGGUGUUACUUCUGUAAUUAGGCCUCACAGUUUCCAGGAACAUCAACAAAGAACACAUAAAAAUUGCCAAUCUGAUUCCAAGAUUUGGACCAAAUCUGAGACAUCUUACUGACAGAUCAACGAAACUGCAUGAGGAACAACUCUCUAAAUACUACAGUGAUGAAACGAUGGACUGAAUCCAACAAGUGCACAACUGUUACUAUAAGAGCUUUGGAUAGAGAUGAAGUGAUCACCCAAAAAUGAAUCUUGUACAAAGAGAGCAGGAUCAUGAACACACUCAGAGGAGGUUUACCAGGAUGCUGCCUGGACUGGAGGGCUUAUCUUAUGAAGAGAGGUUGACUGAGCUCAGUCUCUUUUCAUUGGAGAAAAGGAGGAGGAGAGGGGACCUAAUUGAGGUAUACAAGAUAAUGAGAGGCAUAGAUAGAGUUGAUAGCCAGAGACUAUUUCCCAGGGCAGAAAUGGCUAGCACGAGGGGUCAUAGUUUUAAGCUGGUUGGUGGAAAGUAUAGAGGGGAUGUCAGAGGCAGGUUCUUUACGCAGAGAGUUGUGAGAGCAUGGAAUGCGUUGCCAGCAGCAGUUGUGGAAGCAAGGUCAUUGGGGUCAUUUAAGAGACUGCUGGACAUGUAUAUGGUCACAGAAAUUUGAGGGUGCAUAGAUGAGGAUCAAUGGUCAGCACAACAUUGUGGGCUGAAGGGCCUGUUCUGUGCUGUACUGUUCUAUGUUCUAUGUAAAAGAUGCUGAAGCACAUCCCACACAAACCAUCAAAGAAUUGAGUCUAGCCUGAAGAAGCUAGAUCAGCAAUGUGAUGAAGGACUACCUCAUCCUGUGCAGUGCUUGCAAUGAACAUCAAGCGAAACAAGAUAAAGAGUUGCUCAUGACUUGUGACAUCCCAUGGAUGAAGCUUCACCAUCACUGAAACUGACUACCUCGUCAGUCGACUGCUAUUCAGGCAGCAGGGAGUUACAGAAACUGAGGUGAGUGACUGUCUGAAAGCACACCAGUCAUCAUGAUAUUCCUGGUAUUGUGAUUAGUGACAAUCCCGCAUUACUGGUUGAAAAACUCCACACUAUCCCCAGUCAAAUGGAAAGGAUGAGGAAGUGGUGUAAAUUGCAAAAGGGAUCAUCAAAAUCGACCUGGUCCAGCAUAAAUAUCAUUGCCAGAACUGAGAGUUGGGCAGCGAGAGUGCAGAUUUUAAAUGCAUUCAAGAAAAGCCAGCCCAUGUGCAAACUCGAGACCCGUGUCCAGAUGUUGUCACUGUGAUUAUACGUGGUGAAAUGGAACUAUCAGAUGUGUUGCCAAAACAGCAGUCACUGACAUGCGACUGGAGAAGCUGCUUUACUGCAGAUACCUGAUGAGGCAGAUCACAUUUCUGAGUCAGGAACUGAAUGACCAUCAGUCCCAGAGAUUGUCCAUCUUCCAACAAAUACAAUGGAUCACCAACAACAGUUAUCACAGGCACAGUUCCCUUCUCACAGAACUGGGAUGUACUGACACCACCGCAGACUGCAGCUGGUCAAGAAGGACACUGUAAUGAUACUAUGACUUUAAAGAGGUGGGUUUUAUCCUUUGUUUUUGAAGAAGAGGUGUCGAGGUGUCUAUUGGAAGUCCAUAAAGUAAACAGCUUGGGAGGCCUUGGAUUGUUGUAAAUUUGGAACAAUAGAAUCAUUAAACGUGUGCAAUUUUUUUGUCACAAUUUGACACAAUUGGGAAAUACAAGAAAGAACAGAUUCUUGUAUGGGUGAAUGGGUGGGCAAAGCUCCCAGAAAACAAGGAUUUUUAGCAGCAGUUGCUGCUGGGAUUUUGAAGCUGGAUGUGGACGUUGUGUCUCCCUCUCUUGGUUACAGCUAAAAGCUGGGGUUCUCUACCUGCUGCCAGAAUUAUAUGUAUGACAUUCUACUGUUCUGAGUUUUCCUUUGCCAAGUGUGUGUUUAUGGGAUGUUACUAUAUUGGAACAGUUAAUAAUCUAUUACUCUGUUACAUUUUCCAAUAGAAUUAAGUUAUUCCAAUUUCUUCUUUUUUGUUAUAUUUUAACAAAAGUAUAUGAAUAAAGCGUGUUUUGCUUCAAAUCUGGUAGUCUGACCAAUCAAAUUGCAUCCGGAACGCAAAGCCUGGCAUUUGCCUUUAAAAUAAGUAAAGAUUUGGGUCUAGAUUAUCUUCUUAAUGUAUUUUGAGACAACUUGAUCUGGUCUUGACAACAUAAUUGAAGCAGAUUGUUAACCAUGGACUUGUAGUUUGCUGAAAUAAUUGUUGGCCACGUUAAAUAGACUGGGGUCAUGAUUAUGACUGAUGUUUGAUGCCUGAACACUGAAAAGUCCUGACUUUAAUUUGAACAGUAACUGAAGUAAGUACAAUCAGCAGAAACUCAUCACUCUCAUUAUUUUUGUCUGGGGUUGUGACCAUUUCUUUGGUUAGUACCUGCGUCCUGGCUGAUGCUUAAUA